AUGCUCGAGAAGGCUCUGCUUGCACUUAAGAUCGCCAAGAACAAUAACCGAAUACCUUUUUCAGAAAGCUGGAAGAAUCAUCCUAUUGGCUAUCCACGUCUGGCGGAACGUAUCGGUGUCAAGCCUGAAACUGGCAUAUAUCGGCGCUUCGAUGCACUCAAUGCGCGCCACCUUCUAUAUCUCCAAGCAGAACUCUGCGAUAUCGAAAGCGCCCUUCGCGCUCGGGAAAACGCAGACCAUGGAGAUAAAAGAGGCAAACGGUCGCAAUAUGCAACGGACUAUCGAUGCUUUCUGGAAGAGCCGAGCGAUAUGGAUAUGCCGCAGCUCCGGCUUAUCAACAGAAUGCACGCAAAACUGCAUCAGUACAACGAAGCUCUGCUUGAAGUAUCAUUGCUGCAUCAGCUCGAGGCACCUGACCAAUUCGACCUCAACGACGUUCAAUUCUUCCUCAGUAGUGAUGAUAUGGGCCCGAACGAGAUGAAAGGACGAGAUUCCACUAGUUGGGGCGACUGUGAUACACCUACCGACCACCCACCAGAUCUUAUCGCGGUACAUCCGAGGAAGAAAGAAGACCUUUUCUCUCACAUAGUUGCUGAGAAGGGUGUGCAUCUCUUCAAGUGUGGACUGGGUCGCAUCACGAAAGGAAACAAGCAUGUCGGGCAUCGCAUUUAUUACGACUCCACUGUCCUGAAGAUGACGUUUCUCCUUACCUCCGCCAUGGCCGCUUUGAUACCUAUAGCUUCAAUCCUUGUGCUGGUCCGUGUCAAAACGCUGAAUACACAGUUGUGGAUAAUUGCAGCUUUCAAUAUUCUGAUUAGCGUCUGUCUAACGUUCUUUACGGAGGCGAAGCGAACAGAUGUCUUCGCCGUGAAUGCUGCGUAA